AUGGAUUCAAGCAUACCUCGUAAAAGACAAAGAACUGAGCCUUAUUGCAUAAUACAUUGUACUGAUGACAACACAACGUUAAUCAGUCCAAAUUCUCUUGACUCAUGGAAAACGUUGCAAAAAGCUGGUCAAAUCCGAGAUCACGAAGGCAUUCUUAGUGUACAGGUUGCCGAUGACCAAAUCCCGAAUGGAGUAUUUUACCAUCGCAAAUGUCGAAGCACGUUUACACACAAACAUGACUUAGAUCGAAUUACAAAGAGUAAGAAUGAUGAAAAAGGGAAGGAGGUGGAGGUGGAGACGAGUCAUCUAGAGAGGAGAUCAUCUAUAAGACAAGGUAGGAUGCUUGUUCGGCUAAAUAAAAAGAAAGAAUCUUAAAGAAAUAAGAUAAUCAUAGAGUAGUUGUGUAUGGAAAGAAACGUUUCAGUAUUGCAGAAUUUUAGUUAUAGUUAUAGUUAUCUAUAUUAAUAUCUUGUUUGUAUUCUGCUAUGAAAAGUAAAAUUCUUAAUAAAAUUAUCAAAACAUCAAUUUAUUUAAGGAAAGCCAAGUACUUCCAGCUCCCGGGUGUGCGAGAAACAGUGCAUCUUUUGUGAAAAGAAAGAGAACUUUGUUAAAGGUUCAAAAUCAAGGGAGGGCUUAACACAAGCCAGACAACUCAGAGUCGAUGAUACAGUGAGAAAAGCUGCAGAAAUAAAGCAUGACAAGAGAAUCCUGGCCCUGGCAAGCCGAGAGCUGGUUGCAGCCGAAGCUCACUGGCACCAUUCCUGCUACAAGAAUUAUACAAGGACAAACAGCAAAUCUGUUAAUACAACAGAUACUGAAGAACUUCCUGAUAGAUUAUGUGAUUAUAUAAGGAAUGAAUUAUUUCAGAGCAAUAAUAUAAUAGAGCUUGCACAAUUAAGUGAUAUGCUUAGAGGGUGGAUGUUGGAAUCUGAAGUAAUAGAAAUCAACCAAUCAACAAUAACUCACUUAAGAACAAAACUUAGUGUUGAAUUUGGAGAUUCCUUCCACUUGAUUCAAAAUGAAUCUAACAAAGUUAUCUUCUACCCAGAUAGCCUCACACGGGAUCAGCUAGUCUUAUCAAACCAUCGCCUACAAAAGGAAGUAAACGUUUUAAGGGCCUCUCGUUCACACAUUGGCGAAAGUUUAAAAGAUGUAGCUAGUGAGAUUAGGCAGUCUGUAAAGCAACACUGCGCUAAACAAGAGUGGCCCCCAGAUCCCUCCAAUAUCACCCAGGAAAACAGUGACGCUCCAACUCUAGUGACAACCUUUCUUCGGUACGUUCUGGGUAGCGAUGAUCAAGAGCUCGGUGAAUGCAUGUCCUGGCUUAGCAGUCCUGUUGGUCAAGACCUUAUGUUUGGUAUAACCCGUGGUCGAUACAAGCCUGCAAAACACAUUCUGUUACCCUCAGCAGUCAAAUCGCUAACGGGUAUUUCAUUAUUAUAA